AUGCGCGAUCAAGGUAUGUGAUUUAUUGGAACUAGGUAUUUCACAGCUCACACUCUUAAACCACCCUAGGCAAUCUUUCGUAAAACUGUUUCUAUUGACAUAUGUAUUAAUAAAUUUGAAAAUAUAGAUAGCCCACUUUCAUUAGAUUAAAAAGAAUAAUUUUUUAAAGAAUCAAAACUAACUAAAUCCUUUUCUUCUCCUCCUAAUUCGGGAAGAGAUAAUUGCAUUCCUGAUGAAGAAGUGAUAUCAUAUUUUAUAACAGAUGAUAACCACUCAUAAACUAGCUAUAAAUAGGUGAGAUUCUAGGAACCUUAAGAAAAGUAAUAUGAUCAUAUAAGUAGAAUAGAACUACCAAUACUAUUGGAUUAAAAUGUAGAAGAUAGAAAUCUAUUCCAAUUCCUGAAAAAGUUUAAGAAGAUCUUAUUGGUGAGUCUUCUUAACUCUCUCCAUACAAUAAAUCCUAAAUUCGUAUUAAAGAUCGAUAAUAUAUGAACUAAUCAACUAAUUUAUUGCAUGAAAAUGAAAAUUAAUUUAAAAUUAAUAUUGACAAUAGUUUUGGAAUUAAAACAAUAUCUUCAAAUGAUCAAUUUGAUCAAAUUAAUUAAAUGGCAGAUGAAAUAGUCAAUUUAGUCAAAAACUAUUUAAAUGAUAUUUAAGACUAAGAAAAUUAUUUUACUUUUGAUGAACGAGAAUUAGAUACAAGAAAUCGAUAAUAAAUUUAAAGAAGAGUACUUAAGGUAAAUUUAAUUCAUAUUCAAUAAAAAUUAGAAAGCAUUAGAAAAUUUAAAUUUUAAGUUAAAUGUAACUGCUUGUUCUCCCAUUUGUAGAUUAUCAAAUACAUCAUCUCAAUUAGAAGAUUUCUAUAUUGAUUAUAAAGAAUUGUAAUUAAAAAUUGAAGAACUAACAGAUCAAAAUGAUUUAUUGAAGGAUAAAUUAGAAAUUUAAGAUCUAUAAUUAUUACAAUAAUAUGAAGAAGUUAAAGAACUAAAGAUAAAGUUAUUAGAUUUAGAAUUUCAAAAUAAAUCAUCUAAAAUUGAUUUGGAUGCUAAAGAUAAAGAUAUUGUCAUUUUAAAUGAGUAAUUGAUGAAAUUAAAAAACUAAUUAGAUGGAUAAAUUAAAAUUUGUUAAAUUUAAUCAUCGAAAAUUUAAUAAUUAGAAUAACAGUUAGAAAAAUAAUCAAAUUCUAAAUAUCAGAAAUUGAAAUCAAAUAUUAAUAUAAAUAAUUCAUUUAAAAGAGAAAAAAAACAUGCAAAUUCAUUUCAUGAAGUAUGUUAUUCUCCAAAUGGAAAAAAAAUUGUGAUUGUUAAUAGUAGUACAAAUAGUUCUCAACAAUCUCCUAUAAAUUUAUAGAUUUCAAAUAGUAAAACCUUAAAUAUGGAUGAUACUACUUAUUUUGGAUCAGUUUAUAAUGAGAAGAGAUAAGGUUAUGGAAAUUUAAAGAAAGGAGAUAAAAAACUAUAUAGGGGUAUAAAUAAAAUAUUAUAGAUAAGGAUUUUGGCAGGAUGAUACUUUUAAUGGUUUUGGACAUUUAUAUAAUGAAAAUGUAGAAAUGGGGAUUAUUGAUUAUAUAAAUUUAGAUUCAGUAGGAAAUAAAUGGAUUAGCUAUUAAGGAGAGUUUUAGGAUGGUUUAUUUCAUGGAUAUGGAAUAUGGACAUUUAGUGAUAAUACUAGAUUUCAUGGAAAGUUUGAAUUUGGUAAAGCUUGUGGUAGAGGGUAAUAUAGGUUAUAUAAAAUUUAGAGUUUGUUAUAGGAAUAUUAAUACUAUUUAGGGAAUAUGGAAUAAAAAUAUUAAAAUGUGA